AUGACAAGUGGCUAUAAGGUAUCUGAAAGCUUCGCUGAGGUUGAUAACGUGGUCAACUUCUUGAUGAAUGUCCAACAGUCGGCAAACCACACAGGAACCAAUGAGGUCUACGGGGUUACUAUGAGCCAAAACUUUUUGGUUGAGCUUACUGGAUAUUUCUUAGCUCCAAUUUCUGGUGCUUACACUUUCAAACUUACCAUUGAUGAUGCUUGUAUUCUUCAACUCGGAUCGGGAGUUGCUUUUCCUUGUGACGAACCCACUGAAAAUGGAAGUAGUAGCGAUGCUAUGUUUGCUCAUUGGGAUUGGCCCAACCAGCUUCUUGGUAAAGACUCUAGAGUAUACACACUUAAAGCUGGAUCUUACUACCCAAUUAAGAUGGUCUACGUGAAUGCAAUUGGGCCAAUCGUACUCGAUGUAACGGCAACUAUAAAUGGUCUUGACCUCCCACUAGAAGAUUACAUGUAUAAUGUUGGAACUGCAACGGGAAGUGUCAUUACUGUGACUUCUGCAUGGUCUGGGACAAAGACAGCUACUAGUACCAUUACUCCCGAAGACCCCAAGGGUACCACGACUAUAGAAGUUUUAACACCCACUGUAACCGCUAAUAUUCCUACAGAUAUACCAACUGCAUGUAUGCCACCAACCAGUGAUGCUGAAUCAGGUCUUUAUGCGGCUUUUUUCCCAUACGUCUAUGGUGAUAGCGACAGUUUACGCGAUAUCAAAUUUAUGACGAAAGGUUACAAGGACUUAGAAAAAAUUACUAGCGUAAGUGAAGUGGUAGAUUUUGAAUUGGAUAUUGACCAGACAUCGAGCGCUACAGCAACAAACUUAAUUUACGGAAAGUCUAUAAGUCAAAACUUUUUGGUCGAACUUAAGGGCUACUUCUUAGCUCCAGAAUCUACAGAUUAUACUUUUAAAUUAUCUGCUGAUGAUGGGGCAAUUCUUCAACUAGGAUCAGGUAUGGCAUUCCCCUGUUGUGACUUGUCUGGAGAUGGAAGCCAGAACGAAUAUGAAACCAUGCAUGUUAUUAAAGAUGGAGAUGGCGACCCUGGUAGUGAAACUAGAGUUUUCACUGUCAAGAAAGGUGUUUACUACCCACUUAGAAUUGUCUACGCGAAUAUGGGGGGGCCAGUAUACUUCUCUGUCUCUGUAAGUACUCCAAACUCUGCCAAAGUUCCUCUUAGCAAGUAUUUGUACAGUCUUCGUGAUAAAUGGAACGGAUGCCCAGCAUUCAUAACGACCGUCACUACCCCAUGGUCUGGUAGUACCUACUCCACAACUACUAUAAGUCCAGCAGAUGAUGAUGGAACUACUACUAUUGAGGUUUGACAGCUGAACCAUCUGCUUGUAUCCAAAGUGCAACUCCCCAAACAGGGCUCCGUGCUGUAUUUUAUCCAUACACAUACUACGAUAGCUACUCCCUGUGGGAUAUUGAUUUCAUGACUGGAGGUUACAAGGAAAGAGGUAGCUUUGCUCAAGUGGACAAUGUCAAUAACUUUGCAUUAGCUAACGAUCAACUGGCUAGCAGAGAUGGUACCAAUGUUAUUUAUGGUAAGACAAUGAGUCAAAAUUUCACAGUCGAGCUUACUGGUUAUUUUUUGGCUCCAUAUUCUGGUCAGUACAAAUUUAGUAUGUCUAUCGAUGAUUCUGCCAUACUCCAAUUAGGUUCGGGAGUCGCUUUCCCUUGUUGUAAUGCAGAUGGACAAGGAACCAGUGGAAAUGCUAUGUUUGCCCACUGGGAUGGUCCCAACAAAGUCCUCGGUAGUGAUACUAGGGUGUAUACCCUUGAAAAGGGUGGCUACUACCCAAUUAAGAUGGUUUAUAUAAAUUCCAAUGGACCAAUAGUCUUUUCUGUAUCUGCAUCAGUAGGGGCAAUGGAAAUUCCGAUCAGCGACUACAUGUAUAGUUUUGAAAACCUUCCCGACGGUUGUCCUAGACAUGUAACCACUAUAACUACUCCAUGGUCUGAAAGUAUCUAUUCUACUACCACUAUUGAUCCAAUUGAUCCAGAUGGUACGACUACAGUUGAGAUAUUUGCCCCACCACAUAUUACAUCUAUAACCCUUCCAUGGAGUGGAUCGACUACAAGAGCUACUACCAUCACCCCAUCAAAUUCAGAUGGUACUACCAUAGUAGAAGUAUUAACUCCUACCAAAACCCCAUCUUCUACAAUCCCUGAAUCUUCUUCCUCCACCCUAGAGACGUCAUCCUCCACCCUAGAGACAUCAUCUACAGUUUCCAAAACAUCUUCCUCCAUGCCAGAAUUAUCAUCUUCAAUUCCAGAGACAUAUUCGACCUCGGCUCAUUCGUCUUCUUCUUUGGUUGAAUCCUCAUCUUUGUCGAUCGAAACUUCGUCCACACCAGUUUCAUCGUCAUUAGAUCCAGCUAGUACUUCAUUCGACCCAACAGACUCAUUCUCGCAAGAGACAGUGACCAUCCCAUCGACAACAGUAAUUACCGUUACCACAUGUUCUGAUGCCAAGUGUACUGUACUUCCAGUUACUACAGGCCAAAAAGUGGUGACAGCCACAGUCGACAACACAGUUACCUCGUACAUCACGUACUGUCCACUUCCUACGACAAUCUCCGAGAUAGAUGUAAUUACAAAGAUUUCCACCACAAUCAUUACCGUCACUUUUUGUUCAGAUAAUGAAUGUACAGAUGGUACAGAUGUAACAGUAACUACAGGCGAGAUGGUUGUGACAACUACUGUCAAUAGUAAAGUCACUGUGUAUACAACGUAUUGCCCACUUCCAAGCGAUGUUCCGGUCAAAUCAAAUGAAAACCCAAUACAAUCAUCUCCAGUGACUUCUUGCAAUGAAGAUUGUAGACAAUCUCCUUCGGAAUCAACCGAAACAGUUGUACCUAGUUUAUCUUGCAAUGAAGACGAAUGCACUGAACUUUUCUCGACAAUUACCAAAACUAUUACUACUACUACAUCUUCAUGUAGUGAACAGGAAUGCAACGAAAUCCUUUCGACUAGUAUUUUUCCCAAAGAGAAAGCCCCACCAAUAACUCCAACAGGGCCCGACUCUCCAAUCAAUGUCACUUCCAUCCCAACUUUUCCCGUGGAUGAAAGUACCCAAGUGUCCCAACAGGGUUGCAGGAAUACCACUGUGAAUUCUCAACAACCUUCUAUUCCAGCGUCGGAAACUGCUUAUGGAUAUUCUGCUACCUCGAGAGUGCAUUCAGUCCCAAUACCCUCAGCAGGUGGGUCAAGAAUUAUCCAGGUAUCGAUAACCAAUGUCUUGAUUACUUUGUUGGCAUAUAUCUUCAUGUAA